CUGAGAAGGUGGGAAAUCCUCCAUCAAGGGACUUUCCUAAAACCUGGGCCUGUGAGCAGAAAUGAAGCGCCAGCGCUGGAGACCAAGGAUGAGGCAGAGGCCACACGUCACUCCGGUGCCCUGGCCCAGGAACCCAGUGAGAAGGUUUAGUCCUGAGUAUUUCUACUUUCACUUUACAAACUGCCCUGACCAUGGAGGUCGCAAUGGCUGCUAUCUCUGCUACCAAGUGAAAGGAACACAGAGGGGCUUUCCCUUGGACGUGGGCACCGGGGUUUUUGAAAAUGAGUUCUAUCCCAAGAAGCCCAAGCACACAGAAAUCUGCUUCUUGAACUGGUUCAAGACCCAGCAAGCAUUCUUGGCCCAGAACCUGUCCCACGAGGAGAAAUACCAUGUCACAUGGUUCAUGUCCUGGAGCCCCUGCUUCCAAUGUGCGAGGCAUGUGGUCGAGUUCCUCAAGGACCACAAGUAUGUGCAGCUGAGCAUCUUCGUUGCCCGCCUCUACUACCCCAGGAGGCCCCAGUACCAGCAGGGGCUGCGCAGCCUGCAAGGUGCAGGGGCCCAGGUGGCAAUAAUGACUCCAGAUGACUUUGCCUACUGCAGGAAUAUCUUUGUGGAUGACCCCCAUAAACCAUUCCGGUACUGGAAAGGAAUAUAUAUAAACAGCUGCAGCCUAUCUAAGACUUUGGAGGACAUUCUCAGGAAUCAGGGAAACUGAAGGAAGAACUUCCAUCUCUCUAAACAAGUGAGGAGACUUCUGGUGAACGAGGAAUAAAACACUUUCUUUAAGAAGUGAAAACGGCCCUAGCUGGCUUGGCUUAGUGGAUAGACCUUUGGC